AACCUGUGCCUAUGCUUGGCGUCCGAUUAAUUACGAUCACAUUUUUUGCAGUGUGAGAAGGUCACGUUCCUCAUCCCGGCGAUGACCUGAGAUCGGACGCCCACGUGGGGAUUCUCGCUUUCAAUCUUCAUCUUGUCCACGUUUAGUCUUUCUCUCUGCUUUCUGCUCCAUUUUUUUUUUCGUGAUUGAUUGAAAAUUCAAGAUUCCCGGGGCUAACACGUUUUCCUGUGGAAUUGUAAUGGUCUAUUGUGUCUCUUCUUUGACCUAAAUCUACGUCGGUCAGAUUCAACGCUGAUUGUUGUUCCAACAAUUGGUGACUUUGAAAACCCCCUGUUUUCUUUCUUUUCUUUUCUUUUUUAUUCUUUUGAUCUUCUGGAUGAUGGGCGUGGUUAAUUGAGGUGAAGGGCAUGUUGGGGAUUGUGAAAUGGAGGGACAGCGAUCGAGUGGUUGCAAUCCAGUUAGAAAACCAGGGCCUGUGUCAAUGGAGCAUGUUCUAUUGGCGCUUAGAGAAACGGAGGAGCAGAGGGAGCAGAGGAUUCGGAGUCUUUUUAAUUUCUUUGAUGCGGCAAAUGCUGGGUAUUUGGACUAUGCGCAGAUCGAGGCUGGUCUCUCUGCGCUCUGUAUACCUGCUGAGUACAAGUACGCUAACGAUCUGUUGAAUGUGUGUGAUGCCAAUAGAGAUGGUCGUGUUGAUUACCAAGAAUUCCGGAGGUAUAUGGACGAUAAGGAGCUUGAGCUUUAUCGCAUCUUCCAAGCCAUUGAUGUCGAGCAUAAUGGUUGCAUUUCACCGGAGGGCCUCUUUGAUGCACUUGUUAGGGCAGGGAUUAAAAUUGAUGAUGAGGAGCUUGCUCGAUUUGUUGAACGUGUGGACAAGGAUAAUAAUGGGGUCAUAACAUUUGAAGAAUGGAGAGAUUUUCUUUUGCUCUGCCCACAUGAGGCAACUAUUGAGAACAUUUAUCAUUACUUGGAAAGGGUGUGCCUUGUUGAUAUUGGGGAACAAACUGUCAUCCCUGAGGGCAUCAGCAAGCAUGUCCAUCCAAGCCGAUAUUUGAUUGCAGGAGGAGUAGCAGGAGCUACAUCUCGGACAGCAACUGCUCCUCUUGAUCGAUUAAAGGUUGUGUUGCAAGUACAAACAACAGAAGCUCGUAUUUUGCCAGCACUAAAGGACAUCUGGAAGGAAGGUCGUUUCUUGGGGUUUUUCCGAGGCAAUGGAUUAAAUGUCAUGAAGGUGGCGCCUGAAAGUGCUAUCAGGUUCUACACAUAUGAAAUGCUGAAAACUUUUGUUGUGAAUGCUAAAGGGGGAGGAGAUAAGGCUGAGAUUGGCAUUAUGGGGCGCCUUUUUUCUGGUGGUUUAGCAGGUGCUGUGGCACAGACUGCUAUUUAUCCAAUGGAUCUUGUAAAGACUCGAUUACAAACUUGUGCUCUAGAAGGUGGAAAAGUUCCUAAUCUGGGAGCACUGUCAAAAGACAUAUUGGUUCAUGAGGGGCCCCGAGCCUUCUAUAGGGGCCUUGUUCCAUCUCUUAUUGGGAUUAUCCCUUACGCAGGCAUUGAUCUUACUGCAUAUGAAUCCUUGAAAGAUUUGUCUAAAACAUAUAUUUUUCAUGACACUGAACCUGGUCCUCUUUUGCAGCUGGGUUGUGGGACAAUUUCUGGGGCUCUUGGGGCAACAUGUGUUUACCCAUUGCAGGUUAUCAGAACAAGAAUGCAAGCUCAGCCCACUAAUAAAGCUGAUGCUUAUAAGGGAAUGUCAGACGUAUUUCGGAAGACCUUCCAACAUGAAGGAUUUAGGGGAUUCUAUAAAGGAUUAUUUCCCAAUCUGCUCAAAGUUGUCCCAUCCGCAAGCAUCACUUACUUGGUUUAUGAGACCAUGAAAAAGAGUCUUGAGCUGGAUUAAAGAACUACGCGGCUUUAUUUGAUGAUGAUUUGUGAUUUGACAUUGGCUGACCAUUGAGUUGACAAAUGGUGGUGGGCUUUGCCAUGAUAAAAAGACAUUGAUGGCAAGAAUAAAGUUACUAAUUGAGUAGAUAAUAUAUGAUUGUUUCACUAUACUAGAGAUAUUAUGCUAGUGUUGGAUAUAUUGUGAGGGCAAAAUUGGCUUGUCCUUUGACUGGUGGUUGCUUGAAGCUUCUUUUGAGCUACAUAUGCAUCACCAUAUAUUGUUGUAUGAUACAGGGAACAUAAAGAGAGACACAUGGGUAGACUCCAAUUUUGUAAUUCUUUAUGCGGCUUAAUGUUAUUGGAAGUACAAUCUCUGUCCAAGUA